GUGCAUGAUGUGAAAUUGUGAAAGUCUGAACAAUCUUCUUCAAACUUCCGAUUCAACUGUGAUCUCCAAAUUCAUUCGCAUAUCCAAUCCUUUGGAUCCCUUCACUUUAAUCAUUCAAAUUCCACAUCCUACGAAGAAGCAUCAACACACACACACACACCAUAACCAUGUCAACAACUUCCGAACACACUGCACGCAACCGUUUGGCCACUCUCGCAGCGCACUUACUUCCCUCCGACGCCACCUCCGCCGCGAUCCUCCACCCUCUCCGCCUCUCCGCCGCCGCCGGAGCCUCGCCUCCGCCGAACCUGAAGGGCACCCUCUCCGUCGUCGAUGACAGGACCGGCGAGAGGUACCGGAUCCAAGUCUCCCCAGAAGGCACUGUUAGAGCCUCUGACUUCAAGAAGAUAUCAACUGGAAAGAAUGACAAGGGACUCAAACUUUAUGAUCCUGGCUAUUUAAACACUGCUCCUGUCAUAUCAAGGAUUUCUUACAUUGAUGGUGAUGAGGGAAUCCUUAGAUAUAGAGGAUACCCGAUUGAGGAAUUGGCGGAGAAAAGCACCUUUAUGGAAGUGGCAUAUCUCAUACUGUAUGGAAAUUUGCCUUCUGAAAGUCAGUUAGCGGAAUGGGAGUUCACCAUAUCUCAGCAUUCAGCUGUACCACAAGGAGUUUUGGAUAUCAUACAAUCAAUGCCUCAUGAUGCACAUCCUAUGGGUAUGCUUGUUAAUGCCAUGAGCGCUUUGUCUGUUUUUCAUCCCGAUGCAAAUCCGGCUCUCAGAGGUGUUGAUAUAUACAACUCAAAGCAAGUGAGAGACAAGCAAAUAGCUCGGAUUAUUGGAAAGAUAACAACAAUUGCUGCUGCGAUUAAUCUUAGAUUGGCAGGAAGGCCACCUGUGCUUCCAUCCAACAAACUUUCUUACACAGAGAACUUCCUUUACAUGCUAGACUCUUUUGGCAAUAGAUCAUAUAAACCUAAUCCUCGGCUAACUCGAGCACUGGACAUUAUCUUCAUCCUGCAUGCAGAACAUGAAAUGAAUUGCUCUACAUCCACCGUACGUCACCUCUCAUCGAGUGGUGUUGAUGUAUAUACUGCUAUUGCUGGUGCUGUUGGAGCUCUAUAUGGACCUCUUCAUGGUGGAGCCAAUGAGGCUGUUCUCAAAAUGCUGAGUGAAAUUGGAACUGUUGAGAACAUUCCAGCAUUCAUUGAGGGUGUUAAAGCCAGGAAACGAAAGCUCAGUGGUUUUGGACAUCGUGUGUACAAAAAUUAUGAUCCCAGAGCAAAGGUCUUGAGAAAGUUGACAGAGGAAGUAUUUUCCAUUGUUGGCCGGGAUCCUCUUAUAGAGGUUGCAGUAGCCUUAGAGAAGGUUGCACUGUCUGAUGAGUAUUUCAUCAAGAGGAAGCUAUAUCCAAAUGUUGAUUUCUACUCUGGAUUGAUUUAUAGGGCCAUGGGGUUUCCACCUGAGUAUUUCACUGUCUUAUUUGCCAUCCCUCGAAUGGCUGGGUACUUGGCACAUUGGCGAGAGUCCUUGGAUGAUCCUGAUACAAAGAUUAUGAGACCUCAACAGGUUUAUGUUGGGGAGUGGUUGAGGCAUUACACACCAAUCAGGGAAAGGACUGUAUCAAGUAACACUGACAAACUAGGUCAAUUGGCUGUAUCAAAUGCCUCAAAGAGGCGACUUGCUGGAUCUGGGGCAUAGUCUUUAGGCUUGUUUUGGAUUUACUAGUGAAACUGCCAAGUGAUCAAUAAAGUCCAAACUCCAGAGAAAUUUGUUUUUUCUGGUAUAUGAAAGAAUAAUCGUUUGUUAAUGUAUAAAAUUAUGAUAUCAAUCUAUAUUUAUAGAUUAGAAUAAUUAUCUACUUUAUAAAUGCUCCACUUUUUUCA